CUGUGCUUUAAUAUCAUGAGUCUCGAUCAACUUUCCAAGUUUGGGGAUUUAGAAAAAAUCGGUGAAGGAACUUAUGGAGUUGUUUUUAAAGGAAUACAUAAAAAGUCUGGUUUGAAAGUUGCACUAAAAAAAAUUAGAUUAGAAACGGACGGAGAGGGUGUCCCAAGUACCUGUAUACGCGAAAUAACUCUUUUGAAAGACCUAAACCAUACUAAUAUAGUUCGGUUAUACGACGUGAUACAUAAUGGUGACCGCUUGUUCCUGAUUUUUGAGUUUGUGGAUAGAGACUUAAAAGGUCUUCUAGAUCUGCUCCCAGAGAAAAAACUUCCCCCACAGCAUUUUCGUUUGGCAACUUCUUCAGGCUAUCGCAUAUUGUCAUACAAGGCGGUUGAUGCCAAUGGGAUUAUUAAACUAGCUGACUUCGGGCUAGCAAGGAAUUUCUCAAUGCCGAGUAGGCCGUAUACCCAUGAAGUAGUAACGUUGUGGUACCGAGCACCAGAGGUAUUGCUUGGUGGACGGUACUACUGCACAGGGCUCGAUAUAUGGAGCUUGGGUUGUAUUUUCAUCGAAAUGGCUAGCGGCGGUACACCUUUCCAAGGUGAUUCAGAAAUCGAUCAACUCUUCAAAAUUUUCAAGCUGUUAGGGACUCCAUCAACUGAAAUUUGGCCAGAAGUAGAUUUACUCCCAAACUUCAAGCAUGUCUUUCCUAAAUGGAAAGUGGAAGAUGAUAACUUAAAACGAACUAUGGGUCCUCUGGAAGACGAUGGAGUGGCAUUAGCGAGGGAUAUGCUAUCUUACCAUCCUGAAAGCCGAAUCACAGCAAAAAGUGCUCUGGGUCAUCGUUACUUACGAAAUUUGUCUUUCGCGCCCCCCGAAGUUGUGUCAUUGUUAAAAGAAGCAAUAACCGAACCUAAAGCUAACCAUUCUAAUUACUAG